CUGGAGGAGUAGCAGCAACAGGAUGUUUAAACACAGAAGCAUCUCACACUGGAAGUUGUCCACCAAUAAGUUCACAGGUUAAGGACUACACACUGUGUGUAUGCUGUGAUGUGAUUGGUUGAGAGGGCGGGACUUCCGACGGCGCAGGUUGGACAGAAAGUGACAGACUUCACCUCCUUAAAAUUGGAAGAAAACCCGAAGGACGACGCAUUACAAGUUAUAAAACAUUUGUAAUGAUUUUCAGACAUGGACGACAUAAACCUUCAUUAUCGCUUUCUGAACUGGAGGAGGCGAAUUCGAGAAAUUCGUGAUGUGCGAGCGGUGCGUUACCGGGAGCGACUCAAAAGGAUGCUGAGAGACGGAGACAUACUCAGGUAUCAUGGGAAUUCAGAUGAAGUUGGCUGUUUUGUGGCAGCCAGGCCAUUGUCCCGAAGAAAUCGCUAUUUUGAAGUGACCAUCGUCGACACAGGAGUGAGGGGAAUGAUCGCGGUGGGCUUGGUGCCUCAGCACUACAAGCUGGACCAUCAGCCGGGCUGGCUCCCCCACUCUGUGGCCUUUCAUGCUGAUGACGGCAAAUUGUACAAUGGCAACACUGUAGGACAGCAGUUUGGUCCAAAAUGCUGCAGAGGAGACAGAAUCGGCUGUGGCGUAUCUCUGGACUCUGAUGAUGGACAGCUCACUGUGUUUUUUACAAAGAAUGGCAAAGAGGUCGGCAGUGUGGAGGUCCCAGCCUCUCCUGAGGCUUUUUACCCCGCUGUGGGGAUGCACUCUUUGGGGGAAGAAGUUCUGCUGGACCUGAACGCUGAGUGGGGGGUGGAGGAGGAUGAUGGACAGAUGAUUGUGGAUAGUCAUGAAGAGGACUGGAGCCGUCUCCAUGACGUCAAGGUGACCGGCACCCUGCUGGAGUACGUGGGUAAGGGGAAGAGCAUCGUGGACGUGGGCUUGGCUCAGGCCCGGCGGCCCCUCAACACGCGCUUCCACUACUACGAGCUGGAGAUCACAGACCCUGGAGAGAAGUGCUACAUCGCCCUGGGGCUGGCACGCAGGGACUACCCCAAAAACAGACAUCCAGGCUGGAGCAGAGGGUCUAUAGCCUAUCAUGCAGAUGAUGGAAAGUUGUUCCAGGGCAGCGGGGUCGGGGACGCGUUUGGCCCGCGCUGCUUUGAAGGGGAUAUGAUGGGCUGUGGGAUCAUGUUUCCACGUGACUACAGCCUGGACGCUGGAGAUGACGUAGAUGAUUGGGACUUUGACGUUAUUCCCAAACCCAGUGAAGUUCAGAAUGAUCUGUAUGCAAACAAUGAAGAAGAGGAGGAGGAGGAGGAGGGAGAAGAUUUGGAGGGGAGGAAGGUCACGGUGUUCUUCACCAGAAAUGGAAAGGUGGUGGGCCGGAGGGACGUGGCCUUACCUGUGGGGGGCUUGUACCCCACUAUAGGCAUGAUGAGCACUGGGGAGAAGGUCAAAGUGGACCUGCACCCCCUCAGUGGCUGAGUAGAGUGGAGAAAAAACUGCCGAGAAAUCAGAGCAUGGACGAAUAAUUGAGCUCUGGUACAUUUUUGGAGAUCAGAUACUAAAUAAUACCUCCACAUCAAAAUGCUCCAAGAUAUGACUUGAAGAGUCCAGUGUAGAAGUGACUGUGGCUCAUGCUGUAAGAAUGAUCAACAUAAUGUAUGUUAAUUUUACAUGCGUGCCUUAAAGUGCUUUUAUAAUUCAUGUUUUUCAGAAAAUCCAGUGGUUUGCAUAGGGAAAACUUUUCUCAUCACUAUGAGUAAAGUUCGUAGAAUGCCAAAGAAAGGGUCACACCAGAAUGAAUGUUAAAAUCCAAUCAGAGCAAAUGCCAGCCAACAUGUGAACCCUCUUAUCAGCAAUAGAUAUGUGACAGCAGGCUGAGUCACACUGCUCAUCACCGGAGGUCUGCUGUACCUCCUAUCAACGGUGUGUUACUGACACUCAGUGGUGAGAGGGAGACAUGCUCACAUAGUCUUCCAAACGAAAGAAGUGGUGCACUGAAUGGACAGUGCCUUUACUUAAAUCAGCUGCUUUACACGUGUGAGUUCAUAUUCUGACAUGGACUCAUUACGCCAUGUUUUGUGCAAACCUGCAAUAGGAAUAAUGGGAUAAUUACAUUUCCAAACAUGUUGCUGAAGCUAAAUCCAAAACAGUUUAAUUGUCCUCUUGGGGGAAACAGUUUGAAAAGCUGAAUUCUAAAUUAGGAUUGUUUUAAUAUCAUGACUUGCUUUUGUCCUCUUUUAAUAUAUGAUGUUAACCAAAGUGUACGCGAUGUAAUGUAAUCCAAAUCAUAUGCUGGACAUAAUCACUGAAAAGAUGCAAAAAAGAAACCAAAAUUCAUUUUUUCCCUUUUUAUCUCGCGGUUUACCUUAAACUCCCGACAAACCAAGAGUAAAAGUGAUUUCUAUAUCUAAGUUAACAUAGUAAUGAUGGAUACAAUGGAACCUCAUCGUUAGGGUUUAAGGGGAAAUAGAAACUAAGUUGUCUCAGACUAUUAGACUCUCUCACAACAAGAAUAAUUAAGGACUUAACAUGGUAUAGAAGUACAUUUCAAGAGAUUUGAAUGUUGAAAAUGAAGCCAUACUGUAAUAUGUGCUGCUCUCAGGUAUAUUUGAAAAUCCAAAUUCACAUGCCUCGUCUUUCCUGGUUAUUUUUGUGAUGUUGCUGUAUGCUGUAAGUCAACCAUUGAUUGUCACAAGCCUGUAUUUCUUUUAACACCUGUGCCUAUUUUCCUUAUAAAUCUUAUCUUUUUGACAUUGAA